AUGGCCUCACGUCCCCCACAGCCAACUGACGCCGAUUGCGCCAUCGCCUAUGCCAAGAAAUCGCGUCCACGCCACGUCACACACCAUGAGAUGCUCGACAUCAUCUUGGUCAACGCCAUGCUGCGCCAAGACGACACGCCCAGGGCAAGUCGAACCGCUGCCCGCCUGCUACGCCGCAAGCCACAGCUGGUCCAAGAGGUUUGGAAGGCCUUUUUGGUGGAGACCGGCGGCACGGUCACCAAAGCCGACCCGACGAUGGAGAUGUCCACCGGCACAAGACUCCCGACGACGCCCACCAUCGUGAACACCAUUCAAGAUUUCGUCCGGCAGCGCCGCCAAGAACGCAUCAGAACGGUGUCCAAGGACAUGGCCCAAUUCCUCCAGGCCCAGCCCAUUUUGUGCUUCGACCGUGAGUCGAACCUUUCCACCAAAGCGGCCCUGCGGUCGACAGAAGGUUUCCUGGCCAAACUCGGCUAG